GAACAUUGGAAGAUAUUAGACUAUUUUAUUGAGAAAAAAGAGAAAAGUUGGAUAAACAAAGCCGGCGGUGGGCGGAUUAUUCUUCGUACCGGCCGGCGGCCAUAAAAUCAACGCUGACGUUAGCGACGACGCCGAUUGCGUCAACAAGACGAAAAGAAUACUGUAAUUAAACGAAAAAGGAAGAGACGAAGAUGCCGCGAAGACGGUAGGAUCGUCGCGUGAAUACGUGAUUAUCGCGCACCGUUAUACGGAUUCGGAGUAUAUAGGUAGCCGGGGACGGCGGAGAGAUGAGCUGCCGAUUUAUUUAUUUGCCAGUCGUAAUUGCUUCGGAGUAAUUUUUUAUAACAUAAAGGAAGAAUUGAUUCGAUUCUUCGUUUUGAACGAAUCCCUUUCUUUGAAUUGAGGUUAAUUGAAUGAGCAUAGGGCUGAGGAGGUGGUCGAAAUCGGCGGUUAACAUGGCGGAAGAGAUUAAUUCAUCGUCUGCUCCUGCCGCCGCCGGAUCAGGAACAAAGAGGAGAUGGCUAUGGCCGUCCGUUCUCCGAUGGAUCCCUACUUCCACCGACCACAUCAUCUCCGCCGAGAAGCGCCUGCUUUCUCUAGUCAAGACUCCGUAUAAACAAGAGCAAGUUAAUAUAGGUUCCGGUCCGCCGGGGUCUAAGAUUAGAUGGUUUAGGUCGACAAGCAGUGAACCAAGGUUCAUAAAUACAGUUACUUUUGACAGCAAAGAGGGAUCUCCAACUCUUGUUAUGGUUCAUGGAUAUGGUGCUUCUCAAGGUUUCUUUUUUCGCAAUUUUGACUCUCUUGCGAAACACUUCAGAGUCAUUGCCAUUGAUCAGCUUGGGUGGGGUGGAUCUAGCAGGCCUGACUUCACAUGCAAAAGUACUGAAGAAACUGAAGCAUGGUUCAUUGAUUCUUUUGAGGAGUGGCGCAAAGCCAAAAACCUUUCCAAUUUUAUUUUACUUGGUCAUUCAUUUGGAGGUUAUGUUGCUGCAAAAUAUGCACUCAAGCAUCCUGAGCAUGUUCAACACUUGAUACUGGUUGGAUCUGCUGGGUUCACAUCUGAAACAGAACACAAAUCGGAGUGGCUUACGAGGUUCAGAGCAACAUGGAAAGGAGCUUUUGUGAAUCAUCUGUGGGAGUCCAAUUUUACCCCUCAGAAGAUUGUUAGAGGUUUAGGUCCAUGGGGCCCAAAUCUAGUUCGCAGAUAUACUGGUGCUAGGUUUGGUGCAUAUUCAAGUGGAGGUGGUUUAACUAAUGAGGAGUCCAAGCUACUCACAGAUUAUGUAUACCAUACUCUGGCAGCCAAAGCAAGUGGGGAGCUAUGCUUAAAAUAUAUAUUCUCAUUCGGAGCAUUCGCUCGGAGUCCUCUUUUGCAUAGGGCACCGGAGUGGAGAGUCCCCACAACGUUCAUCUAUGGCGUUGAUGACUGGAUGAAUUACCAAGGAGCAGUGGAAGCUCGCAAGAACAUGAAAGUUCCAUGUGAAAUCAUAAGGGUUCCUCAGGGUGGGCAUUUCGUGUUUAUAGAGAACGCAUCCGGGUUCCAUUCUGCUGUAUAUUAUGCUUGUCGUAGAUUUCUUUCACCAGACGGGGACAGCCAUUCACUCCCAGAAGGCCUAAUGUUUGCUUAGUUUUAAGGGAUGUAUGAUUGAUGCGUUUGUAAUUUAUGAGUAAACUAUUCUCAACUCUCAUGUAUCAGAAUGUAAGAUAUAGAUAUAGUGAGAAAUAAAAGAGGAAUUUACUUAAAUAGCACUAAAACAUAAUGACUCUUUCUAAAUAGUACCACAUAUGUUUUUCUUUCCAAUGUAGUAUUUUUAGUCAUUAUGCAUUAUUCAUUAUUUAAGCAAAUAUUUACCAUCACUGGACAUUAUGGACAUUAUUAAGUGCUAUUUAGAGAAUAAAAUAGUUUAAGUGCU